AUGACUGAUAAGCAGGUAAAUCCUAACAGAUUUCCGGCUUUGUCAUUCACUUCUGCCAAUGAGCAUUAACAAUUGGAAUCUGGAAACUGGAUUCCAAUUAGCCACUGUCACGCUGUCACGGUUUUGUUUAAAAUCUUGCGUGUGUAAGUAAAUUGUGUUCGUUGUAACUUACUCUUCUGGCAUUCUGCGGUGAAUAUCGAUUGUUGCUUGUGCGAUCUAGUGUUAAGUGUUUUAAGAUUUUCAACUCGUUGGCCUUAUUUGGAUUUUUACAGUUUCGUCAUUGUUUGAGAAUUGAGGUAAGUUGUAUUGUAUCAAUAUAUUUAGAUAGUAACCUCUUUGUUGUUUUAAGUUAAAUAGUUAAUCAACGUUGCUUCAGGGUUCAACUUUGCGGCUUGCGCAGUUGCGCCUUUGUCAGUACUCGCUACUCGGUAUUUUGUCACUGAAACACUAAGUGAAUAGUGAAUAAAUUUAAAAGGCAAAAACCAAAGUCCAAAGAUAGUACAAACUUACAAAUGACUCUGAAAUGAGUAUCAAAGCUUAGUUAAAUUAAACACUUGAAAUUGUCUGUCAUGCAACGCAAUGUCAUUGAUUUAUAUGACUGUAGGCGUGAAUGCAUGCAUCAUAGAGAUAUCUAUGCCAUGGGCAUUGGGCCAUGGCGUCUUGUUGCCUUAUUUGCCUCAAUGUCUUAUUACGAGUAUGACUGAUUGAAAUACAGUAACAUCUAUUUACAACGUGAUUAUGAUAAAUGUUUAUAAGAUGAGUGCCUGUGUUGUAUCCGAUAUACACUAUAGUGUAGUGGAGUCUCACACUAAUGGGUAAUGGAUUAAAAAUGAAACAACUUAACAAUAAUAAAGGUUACAAAAUUACCUUUGUUUGAAAUUCAUUCAAUAUACCCAUACAAAAGCGACAUGGCCUUGUGGCAGAAAAGCUCUCCAUGAAACCUCCAAUUCCAUUACUUCCAAGUUUAUCUGCCAAAACCAAGCUUAUUGUACCCUCAAUCCAUUGAAUACAAUGCCCUAUCUUCAGUUAACUCCAUGGUUCUAUUUAAAGACAUUAUGAAUAAAACACAAAUCAACCACAUGCACAGAAUGUAGUGGCUAAAUUGAGGUGGGGAACACAUGCAGUAAGGUUCCUGAGACUUACUGAUUCUAGUAAUCCCACAUCUGCCAUCAGUGGCUUCAGCACCUGUCGCAUUCCAUACUUUUUUAUCCAUUUCACUGGACAUAAUAUAGCGAGGUUCAGCACUUUGAGAGAUUUUCGGUACUUUGGGUGUAGAUUCCCUAACACCCAGUAAAACUCACCUUAGAAAAAAAAAGUGGUUUAGGGUUAUUCGUAUACAGUAAAUAAAUAAUCACAACACAUAUGCCUAUCUCCAAGUUUAUAGAAGGAAGAAAGACCAAACACCAAGGCAGGGUUAGUCACUGAGCAUCUUGUCUAUGGUAACUGUGUUUUGGGCAAUCCCUUGAACACUCUGUCAAAGUUUUUAAAAUCAACUUUAUCACCUAGUCGAGCCUUUAUCAGGAUGGGCAAAGUAUGCUUAGUCUGGUCUGCGAUAUAAAGGUUAUGACAUUUGUGGCUUGGCAAUGUAAGUUUAUUCCUCCUCAUACAAUAUUAACAUAGCUAAUUGUUUGCUGUGCUCACAUAUGAUAAUUUAAUGAUAUUCUCCUUCGAAACUAAUAUACUGUACUUAAUUAUAUCUUACCAAGUUUGUGAACUGUAGCCUUUGCUCCUAAAGGAUGAUUGAUAGAAAAAAAUGGAUGAUGAUCAGGACUAAACAGUUCUUUAUCACAAAAGUCGUACAUCUUCCCAUCUGUGCUUCGGUGGGUAUUUUGAACCUAGUUAAACAAAUUGCAGCAAAGACAAAUUAUUAAACAAUAUUUUCUUGUUUUAAUAUGGAGCCUAUUUUGGAAUUACCCAAAACAUGAUAAGAUAUUUGACAAUGAGAUUUUACCUAACGGCUACAAUAUAAUCAGGAAGGAUAGACCAGGAAAGAAACGAGGAGGAGGUGUAUUGAUCGCGCUAAGAGAGAACAUUCCAUAUAACAUUGUAUUACCGUCAAAUGCUAAACGAAACUGGCAUGAUCUUCUAGAAAUUGUUGCAAUCGAAAUCCAGUUGAACAAAAAUAGUAAAAAAGCUCUUUUAUGUGUCUGUUAUCGAUCUCAGAAGUAUAAAACCGAAUCUUGGUCUCAAAUGUUUACUGAAUUCUUACAAGACACCCAAAAUUAUGAUCUGAUUCUUAUAACUGGUGAUUUUAACUUCCCUGAACUGACUUGGAAUUCCACUCUCGUAGCCUCAAGACCUGUUUCAGCUCACUCUGUGGAAUUUCGUGAACUAACUUUAGACUUCUUUUUGGAACAAACUAACACUCAUUCUACACGUGGAGAUAAUAUCCUAGACCUUGUGUUUUCAAGAACCCCUGAAGCCAUAAAAGACUUGACUUGUAUUUGCCCAAAAACCAUGAACAUAUCUAGUGAUCACGGUUUAUUGAUGUUCGACUUCCACUUAACUAUGAGUUCAUUUGGCUGUAACAAAAGAACUGUUUUCGAUUUCAAACGUGCUGAUUGCAAUGGUCUACAGAACAAGCUACGCUUUUCAAAUUUGUCUCCAACAGAUCACUCAAAUUUAGACCUUGACGCUGAUUGGGAGAAAUGGAAAAACACCUUCCUUAGUGCAGCCGCUGACCAUAUUCCACGUAAGUCACUCAAGAAAAACAGUUCUCCUCCCUGGUUCGACGGUGAAAUUAAACACCUUAUUAAUAAGAAGGAUUUUUGCAGAAAAAGGGCAAAACAGUCGCUGAAUCCAAGUGCAUGGGAAAAGUUUCGAACUCUAAGGCGUCAAGUCAAAUCAUUGUUGCAUGACAAGCGUAGAGAAUUCUUUCAAAAUCUGCCUGAUCUCUUGAAAACAAGUAGCAAAAAAUUUUGGUCCGUUUUUAAGUCAGUCUCCAAACAUUCGAACAUACCAAACAAAAUUUCUUGGUCUAAAGAUCCUACAACGCAUAUCGCUGCUGACAACCCUGCGGACAUUGCAAAUGUAUUCAACCGUUAUUUUUUCUCAGUCUUUAACACUGCCCAAUGCCACGAUUCACAUCGUCACCUCGACCAAGAAAACUAUAAUACCAUUGACACACUUCAGGAUAUCGUUAUUACGCCUGAGGAAGUUUACGAAUGUCUCUGCACACUAGAUCAGAAUAAAGCAUCAGGACCUGACAGAAUUCCAGCCACACUUUUGAGACACUGUGCUUCCAGUAUCUGCUCGUCUCUUUCUGAGCUUUUCAAUAAAACAUUGUCUGUUGGUAAGUUGCCAAAAGAAUGGAAACUGUCCAACAUUACGCCAAUCCCAAAGAGCGGGUCUUCUAGCAAUGUUACCAAUUACCGACCUAUUUCGCUUCUAUCACUUGUAUCCAAGGUACUUGAGAGAUGUAUCUACAACAGGCUUAUUGAGCACAUUGGAGAAAAAUUACAUCAUCUGCAGUUUGGUUUCUUGAAGGGCAAGUCAACUACUAGUCAACUCCUGCAGGUGUUACACGACAUUGGAAACAAACUAGACAACAAGUGUCAAGUAGACACACUGUACUUGGACUUUGCCAAGGCAUUUGACAAAGUAAACCAUGAACUGCUGCUUUUCAAAUUGAAACGUUUUGGCAUCAUCGGUAAACUCCUAUCUUGGCUACGUGAUUAUCUUUCUGGUCGCUACCAGAGGGUAACGGUUCUCAGCGAGACCUCGAAUCCAUUACCUGUCCUAUCUGGUGUGCCACAGGGUUCGAUACUCGGACCACUACUUUUCAUGGUUUAUGUAAACGAUCUUCCCGACUGUGUCUCAAGUUCUUCAUCAUUGGCAAUGUUUGCGGAUGACUCUAAAUGUUACCAUCCCAUUAAAUGUUCUGAGGACGCCGAAGUCUUGCAGUCUGACAUAAAUGCUAUUGACUCUUGGUGCAAGGAGUGGCAGAUGUCUUUAAAUCACUCUAAAUGUGGUCUUCUUCGCAUUACAAGAAAUUCUCAACCGAUCCAUUACUCUUACAACGUGGAAGGCAACUUACUUAAAACACUCAAUAAACAAAAAGAUCUUGGUGUUAUAGUCUCUAAAGAUCUUAUAUGGAGCCUCAACGUCCAAGCCGUCUCAAAUAAGGCCAACAAAAUGUUGGGGUUCGUGAAAAGAUCGUGUUUUCAUGCAAGUGACCCAAAAGUACGAAAGACCCUGUAUUUAGCCCUAGUAAGAAGCCAGCUUGGUGACUGUAGCCAAGUGUGGGCACCCCAAACAACCCAUGACAUUCAAACCCUGGAACGAGUUCAGCGUCGCAGCACGAAGUUUAUUUUAUCUCUUCCAUUUCAAACAGAUAUUUCAUAUCCUAAAAGACUUGCUAAACUCAACAUUCUUCCAAUUACCUACUGGCAUGAAUACCUGGAUCUUGUUUAUCUAUUCAAAUGUAUUUAUGAAAAUUCCGACAAAAAUGUAAAACUACAUUCACCAAAUCGUGUAACCAGACGCUCUAGUUCCACAUCAGGACUCCUUCUUCAGAUUACCAAAUCAAAAACAGUAACCUUUCAAAACAGUUUUUAUAUCAGAGCAUGCAGAACGUGGAACACUCUACCAAUAUCUUUAAGAAACUUAACUUUAUUGUCUUCGUUUAAACGUUGUCUAUUUAAUUACUAUUUUUUAUUAACUUCUAAUGUUUAUAACCCAGAAUUGCCGUACACAUACAAGACUGUUUGUGUCAAAUGUCACAAAGCCCGUCCUUUGGAUUCACUCAGUGACACUUUGUGCUGCUAGUGCCCUUUCUUUAUAUUAUGUGAUGACUUUUUGUUGUUUUUUGUUGUGAUGCACUAUUUAGUGUUUAACUCUUUGUAUGCAAUAUUUCUAUGUAUUUUACAACUCACGCGGGGAACCCGUUAUUGGAGCUUCGGCUCUGUGGGUGCGCCCUUCCUGUUUUUGGGUAAAUUAAAUAAAUAAAUAAAUAAAUAAAUAAAUUUUUAAAUUUGAAUCCCGGAAAUGGCAUGUGCAUCAUUCUGACACACGCAUAAUCAGAAAACCCAAAAUUCCAGGCGCCAGAGUAUGCCUGUUCGCAGGUAAUGCUGUGAAUAAUAUAGUUAACAACAAAAAUCAUGACUAAAGACACCAAAAACGGAUCAAAAUUGGGAAUCGACUCACAUUCCUUCAAUCCCAUUCCCAUUUUUGAGGAUUUCAUUUCCCAGUGGCCAAAUCCCAGUCCCAGCAACCCAAAUCCCAUUUUCCCAGUCUAAAAAUAGAUCAAUCCCAGUUCCCAUUUUACCCCUUCAGGGCCAUCUAUAGUAAAUGUGCAUGUUUAAAUGCGCUUUAUUACCCUCUAUUAAGUCGGUUUUCCACUAGCGGAUUUUUCUGCUCGAAGCGACCUUUUUCCUUUGUCAGCAUCCAUUUUGCAGCCCUCGAAAAGUCAAACCGUCAAAAUUGAGGUCGGCAAAAGAGGGCCUAAGUCGGCACAUAAGUCUGACCUAAGUCGGCACAUCUCGGCAUUUCUUAAAAUCUGUUCACGUCUUGAAGCACUAUUAAUCACGCAUUUACGAAUCAUUGAAAUCGGAAUAUAACUGGAACGUUACCUCCAGCCGGAAAAUUCGAAAGUUGGAGCCAAAUUUUAACUCCAGACGCGCGAAAUUUGAUCUUCAAACAUCUAACGUAUAUACACAAUACCCGUCAGUUUUUAAACCUUACACCGUAGUGUGUCCAGUUAAUCGAAUUCGCUGACAUUUUAAAAGCUAUCAGCAUAAAAAAUUCUUACUUUGGUUGAAUUAAGGUGGGCAAAAAUUUGCAUUUAGCCCGGCAUUGCCGAAUGCCGACCUCGUUUUCGAGGACUGAUUUUGCCACGUCUUGCUGACGUAAUAAGUGAUACCGACAAAGGAAAAAGGUCGCUUCGUGCGAGAAAAUUCGCUAGUGGAAAACCGACUUUAUUGCCUCUUUUAUAGAACGGUAUAAUAAGCAACAACGAACAACAACAACAACAACAACAACAACAACAACAACAACAACAACAACAACAACAACAACAACAACAACAACAACAACAACAACAACAACAACAACAACAACAACAACAACAACAACAACAACAACAACAACAACAACAACAACAACAACAACCAAACACCAAACAAAUUUAAUUACCUAAUUAUGAUUUCAAUAAUAUUAUGUUUUUGGACUAGCUGCCAGAAGUGAAGAUACUGUAUUCGAAAAAAUUUGCAUUGCUGCAUGUGUGGUUUCUUUGAUGCAUGCUAUUCGUGAUAUUCGGUUUGAAUUCAAUUAUUCAGGAGGUCAAUUUUGUUUUUUUCAGUGGUUAUCUUUAGCCAAUCCAGUUUUGCCGACUGAGAUAACAAUUUGCCGAUUAGCUGACGAGUGGGGGGGGGGUGUUCCAUCCCCCCUGUAGCGCCGCCCCUGAUUUCAGUCUGCAUGGCCAUGGGCGUAGGAAGAUCGGUAUUUUGGGGGGCUCAUAUUCAUAUAUUCAUAAAGCAAUCAAUUUCAAAAGAAGUAAUGAUGCAGAACACGAAUAUAUGAAUAUGAGCCCCCCCAAAUAUCGAUCUUCCUACGCCCAUGGCCAUGCAGACUGAACUAUCGAAAUUUAUUACGUAUGCGAGCUGGCUUAACCCAUAGCAAAGACAGAUAAGUAGUUUACGUUUGGUAUUGUAUUCUAUUCUAUUCUACCUACUGGGGUUUCUUUCGCUUUAAGAGAUUUCACUCCAGUUAUAAAGUGAGGUCACCGGCGAAGGUAAAGUAUUCCAAUUUCCGAAAAUCAAUUCCGAAAGUAAUUCAGGUGCAAAACGUUAUAUUAAUGACUUGCAACCAAUCUCCUCCUGGUACACACCAGACAAUGUUCAUCGAUAAAAUCACAAAAUAGACAUGGUAUAUCUAUUAUGUGAUAAAUAUUCUUUUGUGCCAUGCCACCUGACAUGGCGGGUGACGUGCAAGUCAAGAAUAGAGAAAAUCAAAAAUCAGUCCAGUCCAGUCCAAUUGUCCAGUCCAGUCCAACAGUCCAGUCCAACUGUCCAGUCCAGUCCAGUCCAACUGUCCAGUCCAGUCCAGUCCAGUCCAUGUUGUGUACUAUGCCAAUUCGGACUGGACUAGAUUUCAAGUCCGCGCGAGGCGAAGCCGAGGUCUGGAUCAAAAUGCGCGGACUUGGAAUCUAGUCCAGUCCGAAUUACAGGAUUUGAAAUGACAUCUCAUGCGAAUAAAUCACUAUUUAAUGAAUUUUGAUCCAGUCCAAGGGCAAGGACUGUAUUAAUUUUGAUCCAGUUCUAGGACUAUAUAGGAUCAUCAUCAGGUGUCCAUUAUUAUCAUGUGAGCAAAAUAAAGCAAUAUGGUUGGCUAAUUUACUCAUGAAUUAUUAAUGAUUUGAGAUUCUAUCUUUACCACCAUAUGGAAACCAGGCUUUAUAUUAAAUCGCCACCCGAUUGCACUAUCGACGAACUGACGCAUAGUUAUAAAGUUAUGAAAGUAUACCUUAUAACUAAGGUAUAAGGUAUAAAGGUAUACUUUAAGGUUUACUUAAUUAUAAGGUAUAUAAUUAUAUAAGUCACUGUAUGCCUGGUACCAUUUACCACCAUGGCAUUUUAACCUAUCAAUCUAUUUAUUAUUAAUCUAUUUAUUAUUGAGAAUAAAUAUAGAUGUAUCAUUCAAUGAGAUGUAUUAAUACAUCGUAUCCAUGAUUUUGAAAAGCACGGCUUAAAAUGGACGGGUAUUCUGCACUCGCUCCGGAAGAUAUUGUUUUAUUUGUUUUGUUAUGUUUUAUUUGUUUUAAAUUAACAGCUUAUUAGGAACAAUAACAUGUAGUUUCAGAAGGGGAAAGUAAUGAACGGGUCGCAAGAACGGAACAUGCAAGCUACCCCCAUGCACAUUUACAAAAUAAUUUACAAGAGGGCCCUGAAGGGGUAAAAUGUGAACUGGGAUUGAUCUAUUUUUAGACUGGGAAAAUGGGAUUUGGGUUGCUGCAUGGUUGCUGGGACUGGGAUUUGGCCACUGGAAAAUCAAGUCCUCAAAAAUGGGUAAUGAGUAUUUUAAAAUACAAUUUUGAUCCGUUUUUGGUGUCUUUGCUCAUGAUUUUUGUUGUUAACUAUAUUAUUCACAGCACUACCUGCAAACAGGCAUACUCUGGCGCCCGGACUUCUGAUUAUGCGUGUCUCAGAAUGCUGCAAAUGCCAUUUCCGGGUUUCAAAUUUAAAAAUUUUCCGUGCCUUCGGCACGAGCCCCUUUAAUAUUUCAUAAAGUGUCCGCCACUUGCUUAAAAGGUCUUAAAACUGUUUAUUCUACCGAUAAAUAAAGGGUUUGUUAUUGAUUGGAAUUUCAAUAACUGGGAUUGGGAUUUCUAAUAAAAAUCCAACUGGGACUGGGAUUUUGCCAAAAUUUCAGGUGGGAAAUGGGAUUGGGACCCCCCCCCCCCUUCAGGACCCUCUUUAAAGCACGAGUAGGAGUGUUUUAUCAGAUAUAAAACGCGAGGCGCAGCCGAACGUUUUAUAUCUGAUAAAACACGACUACAAGUGCUUUAAAUGGCUUAAAAAACGACUCAUCUUAUAUGAGUUCAUUGGCGAAGUAAUUUUUAAAAUAAAGUUUGUCUAAACCGAGAAAAUCAAAGCUAAAGUUUAUGUAAAUUAACAUGAUUUUUUAUCACAUAUAAAGAUACGAUACGCUGAAUUAUUAAUGAGUUUUUAAAUAAAAUUUACAACUCUUGAAAGUGCUUUUACACACUCCAUAUAGGUAGAACCUAAAUACGGAAAUUAAUUUUUUUAAACCUGAUUACACGUUUUGUGAAACGCUAUAAAACGUGCAAACUGGAUAAUUUUUCAUUUUACAAAAUACUGGGCCCAACCAAUCGCAGGAUGUAAAAGCACCUUAACUCCUAUAUGGCUAUAUUAAUACUACCCGAUAUAGAGUUCCACAUCCUAACAAUACAAAGAAAAGAGUAACAAAAAGAGUUACAAAAGCGAGAAAAGCAAGUGAGAAUGAAAAUAUAACAUAAAAUAUAUUAGAUGUCAUCACCACACAAGAUAUGAAUUAAGCCACAAUGUGUCCUACACAAUAUUUUGAAAUCACCAAUUGCGCACGCAAGACACACUGGGAAACGCAUCUGAUAAGAGUACCCGCUGAAUCUUUUGUUUAAGGGUGCGGGUCAACGAUGCCUCCGACUAUCAAUGAGUAGUCCGACUUCGCCGAUGGUGCCAUCCGGGCGAUUUAAUAUACCGGAUUUCGCAAUAUAUAGAGGAUAUUAGAGUGGUGAAAACAAUAUUUUACGAACGAGCAUAGCGAGUGAGUAAAAUAUAGUUGUUUUUGACACGAGAAGAUAAAAGUCGUCUUCAAGCCACCUUGUAAUAUUCUAUUUAUUAUAUAGUUUCAAGCAAAAAACUGUAUAAAUACUAAAAGUCACGUGAUCGAUAUCUUCACUAGUGAAGACAAGGAAAUAUGUCACUGUGUAUUUCUCAGUAUCUCACUCUCUACUAUAUAAUAAAUUUCGCUAAUGUGCGAUUAUUUUCGUUAAUUCUAUAAUUUCACUGCAGUUUUAAUUUAAAUUCAGCCGUUUAGUUACACGUGAAUAGUCCUUUCAAUCAGGCUUUCAAUGAAGUAAUCUCGCUCUUACAACAAUCAACUGUAUGGACUGCAUGUUAAGCCGGUUUUCCACUAAGCGGAAUUUUGCGCGCGCAGCGGAAUUUUUCUUUGUCUUGUGAUUUCUCGGGUGGAACUAAUUAGAAAAGACAAAGAAAGAUUCCGCUCCGCGCGCAAAAUUCCGCCUAGUGGAAAAGAGGCUUUAAGUUUUAUCACACCAGAGUCAUCCAAUAUUCAAAUUUCAAGUUCCGUUUCAUUUGUUGGUGUUUUGUCUAGCGACCUCCGCUAGUAACUUUUUAAUAUACACUUAUAACCAUAUCAAUUCUGGUUUAAAAAAUUUAUCAAUAGAGCUGUAAGGAAUCCUACACAUAACAAAACAGAUUGUAUAAAAUGUGUGGCAUCAUUGACAUGCAUUGUACAGAAUGAUGUACUGUAUAUCGCUUGCUAUAUUGCUAAAUGGCAUGGGUCUUUGUUGUAGAAAGCUUCUUCAGGGUCUUUGUUGUUGCGCCGUGCGGAAGUAAAGACCCUGGCUUGCGAGGUUGGAACUAGAAUUGGCUCGCGGUUUGGAGGACUGGGGAGAUAAGAGCCUGCAGUUGGAAUCCCUGUUGGUCAGUGCUACGAGGGGCCAAAACUACUGGUACUUUAUGUUACGUUCUUAUAGGUAAAUUGACAUCCCAGGAUGAACAGUCUCAGACGGAGCUAAAUACCUAGAACUUUUCACCAGGGGGCAGUAGGGCCUAUAUGCCGAAAAAAUCCCAAAUACCCAAAGAAUAAUUAAUGUCAUUCUAAAAAUCGUAAAUAUAGUUUUCCUUAGGGGGGGCAGUUGCCCCCCUGUGCACGGCCCUGAUUUAGGGGAGUAAGGCCCCGCCUCCCUCCCCCUUUUAAAGCCCCCCUCCCCCCGUUUUGGCUACGCCACCGGGAUGAAAACCGCCAUUUUCCCCUUGAUAUUGUGAUAAAAUCCAGUGUUAAUGAAAUCACAGUAGAGUUGGGCGAUACUUGGACAUGUCGACAUUAAAUAUCACUCGUGAUUACUUGAGAUUUAUAGUGAUGUCAUAGUUUUCCACAAGGUUGAAAACAUCAUCCGUAAGCACGAGUUCUAUUGUUAUGGGUAAUGGUAUGAGUCAUGAGUAUCAUCGAAAUUAUCGUUACAGUACUCAAUAAUUAUAAUUAAGGUCUAUGACAAUGACUAUCGUGAUAUUCCUUCGAAAGCCGUAGAAAUUCAAUGGACAACUAAGGUUUAUGAAAUGAAGCAAGGUUUUCACAUGUUCUGGUUGAAUUGA